GCUGCCUGGUUUUUAGCCCACAAAGGCUGCUUUGUGGUGAUUUUGUUUUUGAUGGUAAAUAGGCUUGGUUGUUGAUUGGCUGCUAUUCACAAGGAAUUUAACAGCUCUCCCGUGUAUAUCCAGAAAAAUAAAACACUGUUGGAUUAUCAUAUUGCGGUCACAAAAGUAUAACAAAGGUUUGAAUAAGUUGAUGUAAUGCCUAAUGUUGAUGUUUGGUGGGUGGAUGGGUUUUCAUGUUGUGGCUUUCAAAAUAGGAAGAGAUUACAGGAUUGACCAUUCGGGCCAUUUGACCUAUGGGGCAAACAAGGGCUUUGCGCUUAAAAUGAAAGCCAAAUCCCACCAGAAAUCCCAUAAUGUCAAUUGGAUUAUCCCACCUGUAUUUCAAAGUGUCCGUAGCCUUGGAAAUGCAUCUGCAAUUAGAGCCAACUGAGUUUUCAAAGAGUAGCCUUUUUAGUGUGGUAAACUUCAGAAUUGCAGCAGAAGGUUUACUUGUGUCACUAACAGCUAUAGUAUUCAACUUCAUUAAGUUCCACCGACUGUUACACAGCCUUGCUUAAUGAACUUAGUCACACCGAGUGCCACAGGCAGCAUAUAUCACCGUCUAUAUCUUAUCUACCCGAACCUGAAGAGGAGCUUUGUUUUUCAUUAGAGGGGGACAGGAUGGCAUGGAAGCACCACAAGAUUCAAAUGGAUAUUUAACUCGAAAUAACUAUAUCGUGCGACAAAAUUAGGCUAUUUCUCUGUAGGCACAAGCCAGGGUAUUUCAUAUUUUUUAUAUAUAUAUAAAAGUAGUUUUUGUGUAUUACUUUUGUGGAUUUGCGCGUAUUUUAGUCAGUCAGACGUGUAGCCUACAGUCUACACUGGACUUUGUGGAAUGGCGAAGGAAGCGACCCAGGCGCAAAAUCCGCAUGUUCGAAAUUGUUGGGUUUUGGGUAUUGAACGGCUGAUUGUAGACCAUCAUGGUGGCGUAGAUGAUUUCUUUGAAAUAAGAGCCGAGUGGGCUGACAACACUGUUCUAGUAUUGCGUCGAAGCUGGUUCGAUUUGACAAGAAUUUUGAAGAAACUGAGAGAUUCCUUUCCAGAGGAAAUUGAACCUUCCGCGGAAUCACAUUUACUUGAGGGUGUGUAACCAGGACUUUCUUGAGUUGACCAAUUGACUAAAAAGCCACUUUCUCUGUCGACUUGGUAAAACAUUUUUAAACUGUAUCCAUACAAUACAAUUGGCACUUUAUUUUGUGUAAACACGUUUUACAAAGCUGUGUGAAUAGACCGCUUAAUUGAUGAUGAAAUAACGAAAAAGUGGCAAUGAUGAUCAAAUGCUUUGGUUAGGUCUUUUCGGAAUAAAAGAAGCGGAGGACAAUGAAGCCAAAUUGGAACGUGUAGAGGGAUUCCUGAGAACUGUGGUCACUCUGCCAAUCAAGUACUCCCAAUCAGAAGCAGUCCUAAGCUUCUUUGAGGCAUCCCAUUUGGACUUGAUGAUCGGGAACAACCUGGACCCCACCCAGCUGCUACUCUACUCUCCUAUCACCAUUUCAGAAAUCAGGAGGUCAAAUGGGUUUUGUUUGGCUAAUACAGAAACCAUAAUCUGUGAUGCCUGCUCACCAGCUGAACAAUCUCUUCCCAUAGGCUCUAUGGGGCAUGUAUAUGAAAAGACGUCCGAAGCUGAGGGAAACAGAGAGCUUCACACAUUCGCUGGUGAUCACAAAAAGGGAGCAAAUCCUGACAGCGACAUCGGUCAUAUUAAGAAGACAGAAGCAAAUCCGAUUAUGAAGCCACCCCGCCAAGGCAUUGCCCCUGAAGUGUAUAUGCAAAAAAGCAAAAUGACAUACCUCCACAUGGAGGCCCAUGAGACAGACAUAUUGGAGUAACUGGACCGACAUGAACACUGACAUAGGAAGAUUUACAGCAGCUCUGUAGGCAGCUACUCCAUUAUUAAUCAUCACCAUCACCCUCUAAAAGAACACUUUUCUACUUCAUCUUAACCUUCUUGUAAUUCAGAUCAUCAGUUUUCAUCAGUUAUGGUCAUUUUUUCUGUUUCACUACUUUUCAUUAUAUUUCAUACUUGAAUUGAAUUUUGAAUAUGUUACUAACUAUGAAUUGUUGAAUCUUAUGUCAGUGGUUGGGAGUAUAGACCUCAGGUUCAGAUCAAGUUAUAAUCAAAAUUACAGCUUCAGUAUGUUUAUGUAAUGUGAUUCAUAUGCAUCACACAAUGUGUGCCAUGCCAUGUUAGAUACAUUAAAAAUGGCAUAUAUUGAUGAAUAUGACAUUAAUGAUCUUUGUACAGAUACUGUGUAUUUUAUAAAGACAUUUGUACCACAAUCAAUGCCAGACAAGAACUUGUCACUUCUGAACAACUGCAUAUGUGCAAGAGGCGUUAACUAUAGUGAGCUUUCAGUGAACUCCUGGUCACCAAAUUAGGUUAAAAGCAGGCGAUUUCUGUGAAAAGCCCUGUUGUUGUGCAGACUGUGUGUGACUCCUGUAGGUGGGGAAGUGCACGGUUAGUGUCCAGGUCAGUGAGCAGUUCUCAGGACCGGCAACACUAAUAGGCCCCUAUUGGAACAAACGCCCUGCUCCACAUUUUCACACACUGGACAAUUGAUUUGGCCCUCUGCAGUCACUCUGAUGCUCCAUUUCCUGUAUUUUUGGAACAAAAUGUGUUUCAUUUAUCAAUGGAUUGUCUGACCUCUGGAUGUUUUUUUUUUUUACAGCGAAAGGGAUGACCAACAUUUAAAACAUUACGUUCAACCAUUUAAUGAUCUCCUGUCUUGAAAUGCAUAUAGAGAGAGUUGUCCUUUUUUCUGUUGGUGUUAUUUAUGAAAUUAUAGAUCUGUGUAUAAACUGGGUCAGUAAAAUGUAUGUCUGGAUUGGUGCACCUCUUAGUCAGUCAAUGAUAUUAUGACGAAAUGUCCAGUGUCACCGCAUGAGAUCCAUCCAACGGCUAUGUGGCCAGAGGAGCAAACCAGACCACGUGCAGGCACAAUCAAUACUCUGCUGGACUGACAUUGAUCAGCAUAUAUAGAGCUGAUGCAAAGGCCAGUGGCAUGCAGACUCACAAAGAACACAUUGGACUGUGCGUGCAGAAAGGGGAUGCUCAGCCACUUUUAGCAAAAACUAAUACAUUUUAUUUCUAUUUCUAUGUAGUUUGAAUUGAAGUAAAACAAAACUAAUUCUCACUCUCUCUGUCUCCAUUCACUUGGUUUUACUUGCGGCCUUUGUAUAGUAACAGUUGUGCCAUGAACUAUCACCCUUCAAGGAAAGGCCCUCUCUGUGGCCAAGGGGACCCAAACUGCACUGAGGCCUUCAGCGAGUCUCUGGCUGUUCGGACCUACAAGAUGAACGACGUGCCUCACCAUGGGCCCAUGCAAAGCCACCAUACCGUGCUGGGGCACCCGUUCCCCACCGUGGACGUGCCGGACCACGCGCACUACAUCAUCGGCACAGUCAUCCUGAUGGUGGGCAUCACAGGGGUACUGGGCAACUCGCUUGUCAUCUUUGUGUUCUGCCGGAGUCGGAGCCUGCGGACGCCGGGGAACAUGUUCGUGGUGAACCUUGCAGUGGCUGACCUCCUCAUGUCGAUGACGCAGUCGCCCGUCUUCUUCGCUGCCAGCAUGCACCGGCGCUGGGUGUUUGGAGAACGUGCUUGCGAGCUGUACGCGUUCUGCGGGGCGCUCUUUGGCAUCUGCUCCAUGAUGACUCUGACCGCCAUCGCCGCAGACCGUUGCCUGGCCAUAACGCAGCCGCUGGUGUUGCUGGGUCAGGUCAGUCGCAAGCGCGUGGGCAUGGUGCUGCUUUUCGUGUGGCUUUAUUCCCUCGGCUGGAGUUUGCCCCCCUUUUUUGGCUGGAGUGCAUACGUCCCCGAGGGCCUUCAGACGUCCUGCUCCUGGGACUACAUGACCUUUACUAACUCUGUGAGAGCCUACACCAUCUUCCUCUUCACGUUUGUCUUCUUCAUCCCAUUGGGCAUCAUAGGUGGCUGCUACUUGUCUAUUUUUCGGGCGAUCCGAGUCGCAGGAAAGGAAAUGAAGGAGAUCAACUGUGGCCAAUCGCAAAAAGUCCUUGAUCGCAUGAAGUGUGAAUGGAAGAUGGCCAAGGUGGCUCUGCUGGUCAUCUUGCUCUUUGUCAUCUCCUGGUCGCCAUACUCGGUGGUCGCCCUGACCGCCACUGCUGGCUACUCUCACCUGCUCACCCCCUACAUGAACUCUGUGCCCGCGGUGAUCGCCAAAGCCUCGGCCAUCCACAACCCCAUCAUCUACGCCAUCACGCACCCCAAGUACCGCGCGGCCAUUGCCCGUCACAUCCCAGUUCUCAGGGUGAUCCUGUGCUUGGGGGAGAAGGACAUCCGCUCGUCCUUCAGCUCCAGCAGCGGCAUCUCCUCGCGCCGGCCCACUCUCAGCAGCCAGUGCUCUCUGGGCGUGGGUGUGGGCCCCGGUGCCCGGGCCAGCGGCCGCUGGGGGAAGACCCGCCUCUCCUCAGCCUCCGACACCGACUCCUGCUGGACGGAGAGCGAGGCCGAUGCAUCCAGUGUCAGCUCCCUCCCCGUUGCACGGCGCGUCUCUACGGAGAUAUCCCUGGAUACUGCGGUCCUGCCUCAGCAGCUGGGUGCAGACACAGUCUUGGGACAGAAAGCCAUGGUAACUGACAGAGUAAAUAACCUGUCUGUGAAUGCGGCCGGAGCUGGCAUGCCAGAUAGUAUAGAGAGUACUGCUGCAUCUGAUGGCAAAGCUUUCCUGCUUUCUGGUGACUAAAUGUGCAACAACAGGCAAAUGUGUAAAGGCACUGUACUUCCUAGGUCCUCAUUUUGUAUUUUGUUUUUCAUUUGAUAUGACAUGCAUUAUAUAGAUAUGUUAUUUUGUAUGUACAAGAGUGGUGCAGAUAGGCAGAUGUGUUAUUAUAUAUAUAAAAAUCAUCCAUACAGGUUUACAUACAGGUCUACUCCUUUUUUGUCUGCAGUCUUACAUGUCAAUUGCUACUUGCAAUUUACAGUGUCCGCUUUUUCUGUAAGCUAUAGUGUUGUCAGCAUUGGUUUAUCUUGUUUUUAUCCACUGAAGACUUGGUUUGUAAGUAUAGAAUGAAAGUUUUAUUUUGUAUAUUUAUA